AUUGGUUCCUGGUUUUUAUCAGGAAGUGAAACCUGCAAAAUGUAAACAAACAGAAUGAUGUUGCAUAUGAAAGAAACAAACUAAGAUGUGCCGUUUUAUUGUUUGACAGGAGAGUAAAGGACAGUAGAUCUUUACCUGAUAUGUCUAAUGGAUCUCAAAAUAUGACUCAAGAUUCGUGAUAUUUGCUCUGAAAGGAUCGCCCUUGGAUUUUAAUUGAAAGACCAUUAUUAUAUACAUAUACUAGUUAUAUACAGUUAUGACCACUGGCACAAGGAUAUGAAGUAAACUAGAAAAUCUGAAAUAUGGACAGUCAACAAACUGGAUAUUUUUGAUACGAAAGACCUGCAUACGCUUCAUAAACAUUUUGAAGAGAUCAACGGAUAGGCAGACAUAAUUGUGGUAAAUGUUUUAAUAAAAGUUUCUUGACAAAACAUGAUAUGCAUCAGAAAAAAGAUAAUAUGGUCACAAUGAUACAGGACAUACUACAAGGAAAAAAAUCUUAGCAUUGUUCAGUGAAAGUUUUACAGGAAACAGUGGAGUAGUUUGUUUUUUGAAAGAAAAUUAUCAAGUCGCAUGAUGCUACCUAUUGCUUAUACAGUGAAGCUUAAGAAAUAUAAACUUCAAAGAACGCUGUUGUAAGUAGAGGUUCGUGCUAUGGAACUGUAGAAAAGAACGGACAGAGAUGUAUUUAUAGUUGUGCUUAACCUCAACAACAAAUAAUUUACAACUGUGAAUUUAUGCAUAUGAAAAAAUCUGAAGAAAAAACGACCAAAGGAAACUGCAGAUGAUAGUAAAGUAUUAAAUGAAAUGAUUUGAAUACACAUUGACAAAACGCUCAUCCUUAACAACGAAUGAAUUAUUACAAACGUGCAUGUGACUGAGUAUAAGUAGAACGCUCUUAAAAAGGAAAGAUUAAAGAAAGAUUGCAGCUGUCUAUGUUAUCCACAUCAUUGUCAUGAACUUUUAAAUGCGUUUGUGUAUGGCUAUAUUGAAUACUAAUUUGAAUAUGAUUACAUGGACAUGAUUUUGAUUUGAGCUUUGGACGGAAAACGAAAGUGAAAAACCAGGUUUUUUGGAAUGCCUUAACAUUCAAAUGACGUCACAGGUCACAUGUCCGAAAAUCUCAACCGCGGAACUUGCAAAAAGUUUCAGUUAGAUUGGAUUUGAAUACAUGCACAAGUUACUUGCAAACACGAUUUCAAAAUAAAACCGAACCAUGAAGACAAAUUGGGUACUAACUUAUAACUAAAAUACACAGAACUUUGACAAUUUUUAUUGGUUAUGAUAACUGUUAGUAAAAAAAACAUGAACAAGAAAUGAAACUCCUUCUAUCAAUAAGUACAAUAAAGUUAUAAAAACACUGAAUACUUUAAAACGGAAGACAUUAAGUGUUACACAAUGAAAAAAAACUUUAAGCUCACUCUGAACGUUUAAGUAUCCUUAUACAUGUGAACACAUCCCGGUUUAAUAAUGUUAAACCCUACAAACUACCCGAAACUAAGGAAAUUAAUUCUGCACUCGUGCACAUAAUGAGCUAUUCUGAAUGCUGUAUUAUGACUCAAUGCUCAAUUAUGACUUGAUGGCCUUCGUUCCAUUCGUGUCGUCUACUUGUGAUAUAACGUAGUGUCUUAAAGGUUUUCUUGAAUUUGAAGUGUUUUAAAAGUGGAUUGAACUGCAUUUAGAAUAUCAGUUGUUGUGAGAAAAUGAAAUGGAGAUUGAGGUAGUGAAUACUAUUUGUUUAAACAUUGAACAUUGAAUUGAAUGAAAUAAUAUUGUUUAAGUAAAUGGAGUCACUGAAUUGAUUGUAACAUUAAAUGCUUGGAUGUACCAGAUAUUGUUCCAGUGUUAUAGAUGUCUUUUAAUAGACACCUGUUAUCGGACUUUUGAAAAUUGAGACCGUUUAAUGAAAAUAUCACAAGGAAACUGUUAAGAUACACGGUAAAAGGCACUUGCUAAAACCAUUUGGAUAAAUCAGAAUAAUAAUUAGUAGACUUCGGAAUAGAGCGAAAUUAAUGGUUGAUUGAAUUAGUAUUUCUUAGCUUAUACAAAUAUGGAAUUAGAAAAAGAGGGCGAACCUUUUGGUUCAGAGAAUGAGAGCACACCGCUUCUUCCUGAAAACAGAGAUGAAACUGCAACAGAAGUUCCAAGUAAUGUAGAGUUAGGCUUUACCCUGCGUCGAUGUAUGCUUUUGCCUGUUAUCUUGUGUUAUUUCCUAGAAGGAGGCAUGUUCAUGUUUCUGUUGCCGCAGUAUACGCAGCACGUUUUUAAAGAGAAGUACACAAGACACGACCAAUUCAGUUUGAACACAACUUACAACGCAUGCGCGAAUGUCAACCAAUCGGAUCCCGAAUACCAGAUAUACUUGAAAAUCCAAAGAGAAACUGCAAAAUGGACGAUAUAUUACGCAAUCGCUUCACUUGUGCCUACGAUUGUGGGAAACAUCGUUUGGGCGUCAUUGUCUGACAUUCUUGGACGAAAGUUUGUCCUAUACUUGACAAUAGCUGGCGCAAUCGUGAGCAUUGGAUCUUUUGCACUAGUAGCAAAUUAUAAAUUGAGUUUAUACUAUAUAAUAAUCGGUAAAGUUCUCGACGGCUUAACGGGAUCAUAUACUGCUUUUCUUGCAAUGAUGUUCACUUAUACUUGUGAUAUAACUGUAGCCGGCAAAUCUAGAACAAUUGCAAUCGUGUUCAUGGAACUAUUACUCGGACUAACCGUAACAUUAGCGUCCAUGUAUACAGGUUAUUUUAUUGAAGCGGCGGGAUUUUUCUGGCCUUCAUUUAUGGCAACAUGCUUACUUGCAGCUGCAUUUCUGAUUCUUGUAAUUUUCGUCCCAGAAACUAGUGGUAUUCAGCACCAAAGAGGUUCACAAACAGAACAAUUGACAGCUUCAGCAAGGGUAAAACGUGCAAUGCUUAGCACCAUAGAAGCCUUCAAGUUUUAUUUCACGAACGAUUCCAAAGUAAGACGACUGAAGUACAUCUUAUUGAUCCUUGGAUUUUUGUUUUUGACCAUCCCAUACCUCAACCGAGGAAGUAUGGAGAUUUUGUACCAGUUGGGAAAACCAUUUUGUUGGUCUUCCAGGAAGAUUGGAUGGUUUGCUUCCCUGAAAAUCUCUAUAGCUUCUGUGUUUGGAGUUGCGGGCACAUAUCUUUUACAGAGAUGUAUGAAAGAUGACAUUAUUGCCAUGCUGGGAACGGCCAUCGGGAUUGCGUCUUAUGUUGUGGAGGGUUUCGCACAUGGUUCCAUCAUCUGGUUAGUUCCCGUCCUCAGUGCCCCUACCGGACUUCCAAUCCCGAUGAUUCGCAGUCUGAUGUCGGCUUUGACACCUGCUGACAAACAAGGUGCGUUGUUUGCCAGUAUCGGUGCAGUGGAGACCUUAUGUGCUCUGAUAGGAUCCGUGAGCAACAACGCCAUCUACUCAGCCACUCUGACGAUUAUGAAUGGUUUUGUGUUCGAAAUCAUGGCUGCCUUUACCCUUAUAGGUGUUAUUUUUCUUGUAGCGUACAUAUUCGUAGCACGGCUUAUGAAAGACACAGACUCGAGGGAUGAUAUCACCAUUACUGUUACUGCAGAUCAGUGAAUGGAUGUGAAAUAUGGGGAAUUAUUAGUAAUCACGAACAUAUAAGACAGCUGCAUGUAUGGGAUGUUCUUUUAAGCUGAUAUACUUGGACCUGUUUCAUUAAGAUAUCUAAGUCUUUAGCCUGCCGCUGCAUCAGAGUGCUCGAGAACACCCGUAUAGUUACUGGCAGAAUACAUUCCAAAACUGUUCUUACGGGUAUCUGUAUUGACCAAAACGAGUUUACGCCUGCGAAUAAACGCUCUUAAGCCUUACUGUCUUAUGGCCGGGUCCCGUUUCAAUACAAUAUCUUAGUCGAAGAACGUUCGCUGCUUAAGAGUGCUCAGAUACCCUCGCAAAGUCACGAGCAGAAUCUAUGUUAUUAAUGUCCUUACAUACUUUUAUUGAAACGCAGUUAUGCCCAAGUUGGGGUUACACCUAGAAAGUUACGAUCUUUAGCCUUCUAAUCCUUAUUUAAAAGGGGCCGUCGUGAACAAUGCCGUUGUCAAUCGGAGUUACGCCUAGAAAGCUACGAUCUAAAGCCUUCCGAUUUUUAUUGAAAAGGGGCCCUGGUGAAUGAUGCAAUUUGUAAGUCGGGGUCAUGCAUAGAAAUUUACUGUUUAAGUCUUUCGAUAUUUAUUGAAAAUGGCCCUUGUAAAUACAUGUUUGUAAAAAUAUUAAAGCUCAAUUCUUGUUUUGUCUUUGACAUUAAAACUUUUUUAUUUAUACUAGUUUAGUUUAUCUGUUGAUUUAAUUUGCAUUAUAGUUUUAUUUUUACAUUGUUAACCGGAGUAGUGAUUUGCUUGAAAUUAUGAUCUUAUUAUUUAUUUCUACAAAUUAGUUAUUUUUUUAUUAGCUCGUCUGUUUUUCGAAGAAAAAAAGUCGAGUUAUUGUGAUAGCCUUGGCGUCGUCGGCGUCGUCGGCGUCGUCUGCGUCUGCGUCUGCGUCGUCGUCGUCGUCCAAAAACUUUAACCUUACCUCAUAACUCAGACGAGCGUUGGCACCCACUCCGCGGUGCUCUUGUUUAUUUUUGUUUUUCGUGUUUUUUUUUUUGUUCAAUGAUUUUAUUAUUUAGGGACAAUUAAUGAAUAAAAUUAUUCACACUCAAUAGAUUUUUUUAAAACUUAUAUUUUGACAUUUUUAAUAUUCAGGGACCAAAAUCAAACAUUUGUUUCAGAGGGUUUGUAUAAAUACUAUAAUACCACAUUUAUUUAAAUAUAUUUGUUCUACGGUAGACGGUCAGUUUUAUGUUUUUGGUUUAUAUAUCAUAUUAUAGUGUUUCAAAACCGAACUCCGGUAUAGAAGUAACUGUUGAUCUAAAUGAAAUGUCUAUAAAGCUGCAUUCUCACAGUUUGACAAAUUUGACAAUUGUUUCUAAGAGUCAGCUGAUUUUAGCACCAGUGCUUUCAAUUCAGACAUGUGUUAACUCACAAUAAAACAAAUCUCAAUUGGUCGGAAAGCUGCCAAAUAGUUCAUUUUUCUUAAAGCGUUAGUUACCAUUUUAAUCAUAAACGUCAAAUUUCGAGCGUAAAUAUUACAUUUUUAUCAGCACUCUUAUAUCACCAGUUUUCUGACGUACACGUAAAACUUGGCCCUUUCAAUGACAAAAAACAAUAAAAAGUUGUCAAAACGGUCAAUCUGUGACAGUGCAGCGCUAAUAUCUUUGUCAAUAUCAAUAAGUUAUAAAAAAUACUGUUUAAAGUCAUUUAUAUUUAUGAGAUCUUGCACUAAUAUUCAUAUCUAAUUUUGAAUUUCUUUUAACACAUUAUUUAUAUGAAAAACUGCCGUUGAUGAUAUUUUUUAUUUAUUGUUUAUAUAUUUACUUGCCUGACGUUCUCACCAAAUUUAUUUAAAGUCAUUUGGGCUGUAUUUUUGUUUCUUGCUGUUUCAUGCAUUAUUUUUAUACUGAAUACAUUCUGGUUUCUUUUUUGUUUCUUGCUUCUUCAUUCAGUAUUUUCAUAAUUAAUGUAUUCUGGGUGUUUUUGUUUCCUGCUUUUUCAUUCAGUUUUUUUUUUAUAAUUAAUGUAUUCUGGGUGUUUUUGUUUCCUGCUUUUUCAUUCAGUAUUUUCAUAAUUAAUGUAUUCUGGGUGUUUUUGUUUCCUGCUUUUUCAUUCAGUAUUUUCAUAAUUAAUGUAUUCUGGGUGUUUUUGUUUCCUGCGUUUUCAUCCAGUAUUUUUAUACUUUAUGUAUUCUGGUUUCUUUUUUUGUUUCUUGCUUUUUCAUUCAGUAUUCUUAUAACUAAUGUAUUCUGGGUUUUUGUUUCUUGUUUUUUUUCAUACAGUAAUCUUAUACAACAAUGUUCUGCUGUCCAUGUAAUGAUGUUGACGAUAUAAACCUUUUAACUCUGUUAAAACCAAUCUGAAUUGUUUUAAGUAAGCAAUGUUGACGAUAUAAACCUUUUAACUCUCUGUUAAAACCCAUCUGAAUUGUUUUAAGUAAGCAAUGUUGACGAUAUAAACCUUUUAACUCUGUUAAAACCAAUCUGAAUUGUUUUAAGUAAGCAAUGUUGACGAUAUAAACCUUUUAACUCUCUGUUAAAACCCAUCUGAAUUGUUUUAAGUAAGCAAUGUUGACGAUAUAAACCUUUUAACUCUGUUAAAACCAAUCUGAAUUGUUUUAAGUAAGCAAUGUUGACGAUAUAAACCUUUUAACUCUCUGUUAAAACCCAUCUGAAUUGUUUUAAGUAAGCAAUGUUGAACACGUAUAAACCUUUUAACUCUAUGUUCAAACCCAUCUGAAUUGUUUUAAGUAAGCAAUGUUGAACACGUAUAAACCUUUUAACUCUCUGUUAAAACCAAUCUGAAUUGUUUUAAGUAAGCAAUGUUGAACACGUAUAAACCUUUUAACUCUAUGUUAAAACCCAUCUGAAUUGUUUUAAGUAAGCAAUGUUGAACAGGUAUAAACCUUUUAACUCUCUGUUAAAACCAAUCUGAAUUGUUUUAAGUAAGCAAUGUUGAACAGGUAUAAACCUUUUAACUCUAUGUUCAAACCCAUCUGAAUUGUUUUAAGUAAGCAAUGUUGAACACGUAUAAAUCUUUUAACUCUAUGUUCAAACCCAUCUGAAUUGUUUUAAGUAAGCAAUGUUAAACACGUAUAAACCUUUUAACUUUAUAUUCAAACCAAUCUGAGUUGUUUUGAGCAAUGCAAUGUUGAACAGGUAUAAACCUUUAACUUUAUGUUAAAUCCCAUCUGAAUUGUUUUAAGUAAGCAAUGUUAAACACUUAUACACCUUUUAACUUUAUAAUGCAAGUCAAUCUGAGUUGUUUUUAGCAAUGCAAUGUUGAACAGUAUAAACCUUGUAAACUUUAUAUUCAAACUAAUCUGAGUUGUUCUGAGCUAUGCAAUGUUGAAAACGUAUAAACCUUUUAAUGUUAUAUUCAAACCGAUCUGAGUUGGUCUGAGAUGUGCAAUGUUUAACACGUAUACAACUUUGUUAACUUAAUAUUAAAACCAAUCGGAUCUUAAUUAUGCAAUUUUGAACAGGUAUAAACCAUGUUGACUUUUUUUGAAACCAAUCUGAGUUGUUCUGAGGUAUGCGAUAUAGAAUACGUCUAAACCUUGUUAACUAUGAUUAAACCAAUUUCAUUUGUUUUGAGCUAUGCGAUAUAGAACACGUCUAAACCUUGUUAACUAUGAUUAAACCAAUUUUAUUUGUUUUGAGCUAUGCGAUAUAGAACACGUCUAAACCUUGUUAACUAUGAUUAAACCAAUUUCAUUUGUUUUGAGCUAUGCGAUAUAGAACACGUCUUAACCUUGUUAACUAUGAUUAAACCAAUUUCAGUUGAUUCGAGCAAUUUAUGUUCAACACGUCUAAACCUUGUAAACUAUGAUUAAACCAAUAACUAUGAUUAAACCAAUUUCAGUUGUUUUGAGCUAUUAAUGUUCAUCACAUAUAAACCUUCUUUACUAUAUAUUAAAACCAAUCUGAUCUGUAUUAUGCAAUUUUGAACACGUAUAACCAUGUUAACUUUAUGUUUGAACCAAUCAAAAAAAAUUCACUUUUGCAACGACUGGUUAUGAAGCUUAUUGUCGUAAAUUUUGUUUUGCUUUUAAAGUUGCGUGCUUAAAAAUAGUGGUUGUAUUUGUAUGUUGUAUAUAGAUGAUAAUUAGCAACAGAAUAUUGAGGGCUCAGCGAAAAACAGUCAUAACUCUCGUUAACAGCUCAAUGGAAGGGGAUAUAAUUGCCAUAUAAAUUUGGAGAUUUGCGCCCUUUUUGAGCUAAGGCCUCGAAUUUUGUUAAAGAACUGGUUAUUUAUCCCUCUGUAUUUAGAUUUUCAGGGUGCUGGAUAUUGUUGUAAUUAUAACUAUACAUCGAUUUCAUAGUCAGAGCUUGGGUCAUCAUUGUUUACUAAGACGUGUUCAUACAUAGAUAAAAAUAAUCGGGUAUAGACCUUCAUCAGCAAUUUAUGAAACACUUUUACUCUGUCCAUCUUGGCGCAGCCGAUUUGAACGUAAAGUGUACAGAGAUGUGUACAAAAAAUGUUCCCCGAUCGUGACGUCAAUGACAUCGACGUCAUGUACAACGUCAAAUGAAUAGACUAGCUAUUUCGCAAAUUGUUGAUGAAGGCAUAUGCACGAACUAUUCAUCACAUAUAUUCAAAUGGCAUUGUGAUAAUCCGUCACUUUCCUAUGGAGAGAAAACAAUAAACAUUUACAAUUUUAAAAAGAUUUGAAAUUCUGUAUGUAAAACAGCCUACAUUUUUGUCCAUUUUGUUUGAUAUUUAAGUUAUAAAGAAUAUAAUUUGUAUUUUUUGCACAAAGAGGGCUGCAAAUUACAGGAAUUUAUGUUUACUUUAUUUAUUUUAACAUUUUUCGAUUAUACUGUUUAUCCAUUUCUUGUUAUGUUUUUUAAUGUUAUAUUAAGAUAUAUGCAAUUCCGUUCUUUUGUAUGAUUCAUUGUAUUUUAGUAAAAUUUGAGGCAUUCAAUGCAUUUUAUAAUUUGAUCUGAUGAAAAAUAAAUGACUGACCUGCAA